AAGUGCCAAAAGACAUUCUGCUAACCAUCACCAAAGAAUUCUCUGUUUAUUGAUCCAAGACUUGGUCAAUCUUUUUGUGGCAAAACUAUUAUUUUUUCCAUUAAUCCCAGAUAAAGCAAUUAAAAGGUGUCUUCAAAUGCAACACAAGUGAUGCAUUUCUGACAGCCAUUGUACAUUAACAAACGAUUUUCGGAUCUUAGUUUAGAAUGUGAAUGUGAAAGAAUGAAUAUAAUAAAGUGUGUGUGUGUGUGUGUGUGUGUGUGAGCCUCUUAAUGGUUGUGUUUGCAUAAUCUUUUCUUUCACAUCCUGUUAGUCCCGUAACAGACAAAAAAAAAAACAACACACAAGAAAGCAUUCUUUGUCAGUCAGUCAAUCAGUGAUUCACAGGGAGAGAGGAUAUGGUAAUUUGGUAAGGUGUAAGAACUAAAGAAGAAGAUAAUACAGUUCCAUACCACCACAUUUUCUUCUCCUCUCUCUGUUUCUUGCACAAACAUCUUAUCAACUGCUUGGAAUUUUGGUUCUUUUUUCUCUUCAAUUUGACGGGCUGGCUGAUUACUUUAUAUUUGUGUUCUGCAUCCUAACAAUUCCCUCAAAUAAGUUUCCCUUUCGCCAACUUUUCAGCUCCAUUUCCUCUUGCACUUUAUCCAACAGCAACCUAAACUUAGAAUUCUUGAAAGAUUUCAAUAAUGAGACUGGAACUGAUAGUGCUAAUUGUCUUGGUUAGUUUGGGAAGUUCGUUUGGCCGCCAUUCCCAUUCCCACUCCCACCACCACCAUUCCUCCAAUAAGUUGAAGGUUAAUCAGGAAGCUUACUCAAAGUGGCUGCAAUACAUGGCGUCUCGCAAUCAUUCCAUCUACGAGGAAGCCAAAAAUCAACUGAAUCCUUGCAAAAGGAUUAAGGUGCACAAGAAUCCUAAGCAUGGUGAUUAUACUACAGUGCAACAGGCCAUCAAUGCAAUCCCACUUAUCAAUAAUUGUCGUGUGAUUAUCUCUAUCAGUGCAGGAACCUACAAGGAGAAGAUUGAAAUUCCGGCGUACAUGGCAUAUGUAAGCCUGGAAGGAGAAGGCGCAAACAGGACAGUGAUCCAGUGGAACGACACCGCAGACAAGAUAGGACCAAAUGGGAAGCCAUUAGGCACUUACGCCUCUGCAACAUUUGCUGUCAAUGCCCCCUAUUUCAUUGCCAAAAACAUCACCUUUAAGAAUAAAGCGAAGCCGCCACCAUCAGGAGCACUGGGUAAGCAAGCAGUGGCCUUAAGAAUCUCAGCUGAUACUGCAGCUUUCAUAGGGUGCAAAUUCAUUGGAGCACAAGACACACUUUAUGACCACAGAGGCAGGCAUUACUUCAAGAACUGCUACAUUCAAGGCUCUGUUGAUUUCAUAUUUGGAGAUGGGCUCUCAUUGUAUGAAAAUUGCCAUCUUCAUGCUAAGACCAAAAACUAUGGGGCAUUGACAGCCCAGAAGAGGGAAAGCAUGCUUGAAGAAACUGGCUUCUCUUUUGUUAAUUGUAAGGUUACUGGUUCAGGGGCUCUCUAUUUGGGGAGAGCCUGGGGUACUUUCUCUAGGGUGGUCUUUGCUUAUACUUUCAUGGACAAGAUCAUCACUCCAAGAGGAUGGUACAACUGGGGAGAUAAAAACAGAGAAAUGUAAAAUCCCUUUCUCUAGAUCUCGCAUUCUCACUUUUUUUUUUUCUGGUUUCAUAUUUUCCCCUUUGGACUAAUAAUGUGUAAAAAAAAUCCCAUGGUUACCACGUCAUGCAGGACUGUAUUUUAUGCGCAGUUCAAGUGCUCAGGACCAGGGGCUAAUUAUGGAGGAAGGGUUUCAUGGGCAAGGGAGCUAACUCAGCAAGAAGCCUUGCCUUUUAUAUCAUUGAGCUUUAUUGAUGGCCAUGAAUGGCUUACGGGUUUGUGAUAGUUUUCAGUAUUUAACUGGGAAUCCGCUCUGUUGAUAACAUUGAACCCAGAUAGUGCUUGGCCUCCAAUCAUUAUCUGAUUGUAAGCUUUUCAUUCAUCCAUUCGCUGUAAAGCUCUUAUUGACUACGAAUCCUUUGAAGAUUCCAUUGUGCAACAGUUAGAAGCCUCGAUUUUUUGAGGAAAAAAGUCGUCUAAGCAUAAUAGCAAGUACCUGAAAAUUGAUAGUCAGAUGUGUGAAUUCCACUGGCGCCCCCUCACACGAG